CCUGUUGGCAUUUAUGCCAAGAAAUACGAAUGGGCCGCACGUCCUUCAAGCGGAAGCAAUGGUUUGUCUUUGGACUUGCAUCCGCCACCGAUGCAGAUUGGCGGUGACUGUUCAUUGUGGAUACGUUCGGCCACAUUGGAUUUUGAUGAUGGCCUCUGGGAGUGUCAGGUGACAGCAAGUGAUUUUACAACGCAAGACGCUUUAACCAGUCAACCAGUGCGAUUAGUUGUACGUGUUGGACCGCAACGACCACGCCUCGAAUACGAAGGUACUCAUGUGCCACCAAGCCACAAUAUAACAGUCGACUCGGGUGCUGUGGCUACUGUAAAAUGUGUUUCCCACUAUGGUAAUCCACCAGCCACACUCAAAUGGUAUCUGGGUGACAAAGAAAUUGCGCCAAUUCAUCCGCAGACGAAUAAUACCGAACCGGACAAUACACGCACUUGGUCUGCUACGUCAGUAGUGCAGAUAUCAGCUAUGCGUGAACGUCAUGGCGAUAUAUUACGUUGCUUAGCCUUUCAUGAAUCCUAUUUAGCCAAAUCGGUGGCAGUGGAAGCACGUAUGGACAUCAAAUAUGCACCAACUAUACGUUUAAUUGGCUCGCCGGAAAUCGACCUGGAGGAAGAUAAAGAUGCGCUUAUACUGCGUUGUGUUGCAGAUGCCAAUCCGCCAGCGAGCAUCGUAUGGCGACGUGCAGGACGUUCGGAAAUUGCCAGUUUACAGGAAACAUUGCAGCUACGCCCAGUCGGACGUCGCGAUGCAGGCUUGUACACCUGCCAAGCACAAAAUUCUGUUGGCACAUCGGAGCAACUUUCUGUGCAGUUGGAUGUGAAAUAUCCACCGAAAAUUAUUUCAGCUGGUCCGGAUCGUCUCACUACCGCGCCGCUAUUUAGUCCUGCUGCCUUUGAAUGUGUGGCUGAUGGCAAUCCUCUGCCUACAUAUAAAUGGGUACAACGGUUUUCACGAGGGGCUAAGUAUGUUGAACGUGGUCAUGAAUCUCGUUUAGUAAUAGAUAAUGUAACAUACGAUUAUCAAGGAGAUUAUGAAUGCCGAGCUACUAGCUACAUUAAUGGACAAGAAAGAGUUGCAGUAUCUGAACCAGUAUCACUACAGGUUGUAGGAGCACCGCAAGUACUACGCCUACAUCCUUCAUUGCAUACAGUUUCCAUUAAACGCGGAGAACCAGCUAGUAUGUCACUGGUUGUGUGUGCUGAUCCACGUCCACAUCGUGUAGCUUGGGAAUGGGGUUCAUUGCGAUUGGAGGCUGGCAACGGAAUCGAACGUUUUCAUGCCGAUGAUAUACUGCCAGACUCACGCGAAGAUUGUUACUUAUCCACAUUGCAUAUUGAGCGCACCGAUGAACAUGAUUCACGUCCUUAUUACUUGGUUGUGGAGAAUGAACGCGGCACCGAUCGUCAUGCCAUACAUUUGAAUGUGGAGGGUACGUUUGCAGAACCUUUGGAGAUGAGUUAUUUGCUGGGCAUUGCCGGUGGUUGCGUUGCCGCCAUUUUGAUUUUAAUCUGCCUCUGCAUUUAUGCAGUACGCAGUAAAAAAUGCUGCUUCAAAGGUAGUUCCGGUUAUAAAUCAUCAGAUAAAGACAGUGAAAAAGCUGAUUUAAAGUCACGUUCCGACAGUACAAGUGGUCCCCAGGGUGAUUCUAUUUAUACAACACCAGCCGGAUUCCAUCAUCAACAUCAUCACCAGCAUCCCGGACAUGGAUCUCCUGAAGCAAUGAAGGUACGAAUGGCUGCAAUGAUAUUACAGCCACCUACUAGGGUCUAGCAGGCAAUAAAUAAU